GAAUGCCGAUAAAUGAAGAAGUAGAAAAGGAGAUCAAUAAAAAUAGAUCAGAAAUUGAAAAAGAACAAGCGAAUAUAAAAAAUCUUGAGAUUAAUUUGGAUAGUUUGUUAAGCGAAAGGGAGAAGAUCGUCAAUAUCAAAAAUAAGUUUGCACUGUUUCUAAAGCGAAAUACAAUAGCGCUUUUAAUGGCGCACACGAUGAAUACGUAG